AACACCAUCCCCCUGAUGAUGCCCCUUGAUGUCAAUCAGCUGCAGUUCCCGCCCCCGGAUAAGGUGGUCAUGAAAACUAAGACUGAAAAUGAACCUGACCAAAAGAAAGGCAAAGCACGUCCUCCCAAGAUAGCCGAGUUCACUGUCAGCAUCACUGAGGGUGUUACCGAGAAGUUCAAGGUGUCUGUGCUGGUCUUGUUUGUCCUGGUCUUCCUCACCUGUGUCAUCUUCCUGGUCGUCUACAAGGUGUACAACUAUGACUGUGCCUGUCCCGAUGGCUUCACCCUCAAGAACACCCAGUGCACCCCAGGAGGCUUGGAGAGCUACUAUGCGGAGCAAGACUCCAACGCCCGGGAGAAAUUUUACACCGUCAUCAACCACUACAACCUGGCCAAGCAAAGCAUCACCCACUCGGUGUCGCUGUGGAUGUCAGUUCUGUCGGAAGAGAAGCUCUCAGAGCAGGAGACUGAGGCUGCUGAGAAAUCUGCUUAG